UCUUAUAUGACCGUGAAAUUUUUUUGUUUUUUCGAACGCAGCGCAGCUGAGAGACCGAGGUUCGCCGAUUGAUCCAAAGUCUCGUCCCUACCGUCAGCGGUCAUAUGAUUGAUCGACGCGCGUUCGCCACUCCUCAAUCUUCCCGUGUGCUAUGUAAAUAGCAUCCGGUGUGUCCCACCUGAUAAAUCCCAAUUUGAAUUUCAGUCGCCACCACAGAAUGGGUAACAGGUCGAGUCUUCUUUUACGCGAGGACGAGAUAGCGCAGAUACAGAAUGCUACUGGUUUCACGCCGAAUCAGAUCGAACGUUUGUACAGCCGCUUUACCAGCUUGGAUCGCGGGGAUUGCGGGACCCUCAGUCGAGAAGAUUUUCUCAGGAUUCCAGAAUUGGCGAUAAAUCCUCUUGGCGAAAGGAUAGUAAACGCUUUCUUCGAAGAAAGCGGCAACGAUCGGGUCAAUUUCCUGCAGUUUAUGCAGGUCCUCGCCCACUUCAGGCCUAUCAAGAAGAACAGUCCCAAUCGAUUGAAUUCUAGGCAGCAAAAGCUCAGAUUCGCAUUUAAAAUGUACGAUUUGGAUAACGACGAUCUGAUAUCAAAAGAUGAACUACUCGCAAUUUUGCAUAUGAUGGUUGGUGCCAACAUCAGUGAAGAACAGCUGACCAGCAUCGCGGAACGGACCAUAGUCGAGGCUGACGAAAAUGGUGAUGGUAUGAUAUCGUUUGAAGAAUUUUGCAAGGCACUAGAACGCUCGGAUGUCGAGCAGAAAAUGUCGAUAAGAUUUCUCAGUUAAAUUGAUUACUGAUUUAUAUAAAAUAUAAUAUCGAACCUAUAAGUAGGCAUUAGGCAAUUGAGUUACAGAUAUCCACGUGUAAGUACAUCACAUAUAAUUAGUAACCGAGGGAAGGUAUCUGCGAUUGCAAGGGUGAUACAAAAUAAUAUAUGUAUAAUAUAAAUCUUGGGUUUUUACGCAAAAAUUAUGGGUUGAUCAACUGUAAAUGAAUGUAAAUAUGAAUUCGAAUGCGUGUGUACAUAUACACAAGUGUACAGAUACUUGCGAGGGAAUGGAAUCAACUCUAAUUUUGAUUCAAUUGCUUCUUGUAUGCAAAACGUGAAAUAAUAUAUUUUAGGAGAAUUAAAAGAA